AUGCAGCAAAUUGAAAAUGAUCUUUACAUGUCGUCAAGUGAUCAAAGUCUCAUAGAUGAUUCUCAUACUGAUCCGAGAUAUGUCCGUCAAAAAAAGAAGAAACUGCCCCCGAAAGUAAUUCUUAAUUCAUCUUUGUCUUCUUCAAGUGAUACUAGCUCAUCUAGCACUUCAAAUUCUAGUACUAGUUCUAACAGUAGUUCUGAUUCUGAAACUGAAACCAGGGAUAUUAUCGAUGCUGUUACACAGAGUCAAAAUCAAGAUAUUGUUAAUGAAGGUCGCAAUGGUCAUCCCAGUAAAAAUAACAAUGAUCAGUCCGAUGAAGAUCGCAAUGGACACCCUAAUGAAGAUUGCAACGAUCAGCCUAACGAAGAUUGCAAUAACCAGCCUAAUGAAGAAGCAAAAAAAGGAAAGAAGAGGCUAAGAAGAGAAUCGACAUGGAAAGUAAAUAUUUGUAAAGUUCUGAGGAAUUCUGGUAACGCUUAUCAGUUUUUAUCAAAAACAAAGAAACUUGUUCGUGAAAGGAAGGUGCACGACUUGCGGUGA